AUGUUCGGCGCAGUGAGAAGAUGUCCCGCGACACUCGCGAGGAAUCUUGCCUCAGUCUCUACUAGGACUCUCCGCACACCCCUCACCCACAACUCGAGCGUUCUGAGGAUACCACUGCAAUCAGCGCGCCUCCAGAAUGUCUCGUUCGCCGGCUUCCACAACAGCGCCACAAGGUGGCAACAAGAGGCUCAAGAGGAACAACAGAGCAUCGAGGAAGAUGGCCCCGUCACAGAGUUCAAGGAAUUGGCCACACGCGGACUCGUCCAUCCCAACCUCAUCAGGACUAUCACGAACCAGAUGAAGCUCACGACUAUGACGGACGUGCAGACCAGGACUAUCAACGAAGCCCUGAGCGGGGUUGACAUCAUCGCACAAGCAAAGACCGGUACCGGUAAAACGCUCGGUUUCCUCGUCCCCGUCAUCCAACGAAUCAUUGCGAGCGCCCCCGAGCUCGGCGAGAAGCCCAGAGGAUACAAGCGUGCGAAACCCGAUGACAUCCGGGCCAUUAUCAUCUCACCUACCCGAGAACUUGCAGAGCAGAUCGCUGUCGAGGCUAAGAAGGUGACUGCCGGUACCGGCAUCGUCACGCAAGUUGCAGUCGGUGGCACCCAGAAGAGGGCUAUGCUUCAGAAGACACAGCGCGAAGGAUGCCACCUAAUGAUUGCGACCCCCGGACGACUUUUCGACAUCCUUUCAGAUCCAUACUCUGGCGUCAAGGCCCCCAAAUUGAGUGCAUUGGUCAUGGACGAGGCCGAUCGCCUGAUGGACGACGGGUUCUCCAAGGAGAUUGACGAGAUUAAGAACUUCCUGCCCGACCCAGCUGAAGUCGAACGCCAAAACCUCAUGUUCUCCGCUACUAUUCCCCGCGAGGUUGUCGGCCUUGUCCGCGCGACCAUGCGACCCGGCUUCCACUUCGCAAAGUGUGUGGAUGAAAACGAAGAACCAACGCACCAGCGUAUCCCGCAGAAAUACGUCAACCUCGCCGGUUUCGAGAACAUCAUGCCUGCGCUGUACGAGCUCGUUCUGCAAUCGCAACAGAAAGCUCAAUCUGGCGAAAGCCGUCCAUUCAAGGCCAUUAUUUACUUCAACAGCACCGCUGAAGUCACAUUGGCAGCAUCGGUUUUCUACAAGCUCGGUGGUGGUUUCAAGCGCAAUACCCCUCUGUCUGGCCUCCGCGCCUAUGAGAUCCACGCCAAGCUCACCCAAGCGCAACGUACAAGGGCAGCAGAUGAUUUCCGCUUCGCAAAGUCCGGCAUCCUCUUCUCCUCUGACGUAACAGCUCGUGGCAUGGACUUCCCCGAGGUCACUCACGUCAUCCAAAUUGGUCUUCCCCGUGAACGCGACUCCUACAUUCACCGUCUCGGUCGCACAGGCCGUGCCGGAAAGGAAGGUGAAGGCUGGCUCUUCCUAACGCCCUUCGAGAAGCACGAGGUCCGCCGCCGUCUCAACAAUCUGCCCCUCCAAGAUGGAACCCACACGCUCGAGACUGCGACGGUUGAUAUGACACAAGCAGCUGAGAUGCCUGAGGACGUUGCGAAGAUUCUAUCUGACACUGUCGAGGCACACAAGAAGGUCUACCCUGACCAACUUGACGCCGCAUUCCGUGGCCUCUUUGGAAGCUUUCAGUGGUACGGUGACAAGCAGGGUCUGCUGGAAGGUGCGAACCGUCUAGCAGAGUUUGGUUGGGGUAUGCCUUCGCCACCACCACCGCCUGCUAGCCUCUACAUGGGAGGCCGUGGACGUGGCGGCGGCGGCCGUAGCGGUGGUCGUGGCGGAUUCGGAGGCGGCAGGGGAGACGGAGGUGGCUUCGGUGGUGACAGGGGUGGUGACAGGAGAGGCGGCGGCGGAUACGACCGUAGUUCGUACGGUGCUGAACGCAGUGGCCGAAGCGGAGGAUUUGGUGGCAACCGAGGUGGUGAUCGUGGCGGCUUUGGCGGCGAUAGGAGAGGAGGUGGUGGUUUCGGAGGUGACCGGAGAGGCGGAGGUGGCUUCGGUGGUGACAGGGGCGGUGACAGGAGAGGAGGAGGCGGCUUUGGUGGUGACCGACCAAGGAGGGAGCCAGCCUCACCCUUUUAA